UUAAUGACUUACUUUUGGGUUAAAUAUUGGGUCGUCCAAUCGAUGACUCCACCGAUGACUUCUAAAUUAAUCAACUUGUAGCUUCCUAAUUUAACAGGUAGUUGAUCGUUGGGAUUGACCGUUUGAGCAAAACUUUCGAAAAACUCGCGGUAGUAAGUCAAAUAAUCGUCUUUAUUAGCCAUAAUCACUAGGAAAACUUAUCACAGGCACUUUUUGCUUGAACACUAUGUACACAAAGUUUCGUUGUUUACAGAGUUAACUGAUAUGUAUAUUUGUACUUUGAUUAAGAAUAGUUUCGCAGACGUAAUACUGUCGACUGGUAAAUUUAUUUUAUAAUUAUUUGGUGUUUAAUACCAUUCAUACACCUCUGACUCAUUCGCCUAACCCAACUAACAAAUCAGCGAUGAUAGGUUUCAUUUUGUUCCAGACAUGUUCACCAACAUUACAAAAAAAAAUCUCAAUGUUUACAUAACGCUCAAUUUCCAUACUAACUUUAUUACAUAAUUUACAUUAAUGUACAAUACGAGGAGAGAUCAGUUUGGGGCGGAAUCUCCCCUCUCAUUUCUUUGGAUUUAAUGUUUAGGUAACUAGCCUCGUAUUCCUUUUGGAUGUGUUCAGGGAGCGGCGAAUUCCAAUUUUCGGGGGGCGAUUUUCGUCGUGACCAUACGUCGUUCGAGAAAUGGGGCACGAGUCGUUCUUUACGUCUCCGUUUUUCAUUUUCUAUUACUUCUUUCUGCAAAAAUUUGCUCGAAACUAUUGACAAAAAAUUGAUAGUUACCGCUGAUUUCACAUCUUUGUUUUCACGCCACCGGCAACAAUUGUCAUAGUCUCUUUUCCAAGAAAUGCAGUCUAGAGUUUCGCCAAAAAUGAAAUAUUGAUGAAAUCUGCCUCUGAACGACGUACAUUCUUUAUAUUCUUCUUCAUAAACGGGGCAUGGACGGAUCUAAAAUUUUUCCUCGAAAAAACAAGAUUCGAUAGUAAAUUAAUUACCAGCCACUCGUCUUCAAUUUUUGGUUUAUCGUUUUCAUUUUUUUGGACUGAUUCAGUCAUGUUUUAAUUAAAAAUCCUUGGCAUUAUUUUGAGGUUAUAAUUUUCUAAUUUUUGAGUUGGUAGUGCGACACACGUGACUACUCGCAUUGUGAUUGGUCAAUCCCAAAUGCGGCCACUUACAAAAUUUUCGCGCCAAUGAAAGCUAAUCAUAAAAUAAUCGCUUUAUCAUCACGUAAAUUGAUAAGUUGAAUGGUACAUUGCAGUAGAUUGACCGCUUUGAUCUCUAAAGAGACAAAAUGUCGAAACUUGUUGGAAGUUAUGAUCACGAGAAAAGUGAAAAUUUAGACCAGUAUUAUUCAGCUUUGGGGGUUCCGUACAUUGCUCGUAAGAUGAUGAGUUUUACGAGUCCAAAACUGACAAUUGCAAAUAACGGUGAUUGUUGGACUAUUACAACAAUUACAAGGCUUAGGACGCUAAAGCUUGAAUUCAAAUUGGGGGAGGAAUACGACGAGGACAUGCCAGGAGGAACGUUGAAAAGCACAACUACGAUGGAAAACGAUUCGACUCUUGUAACUGUUUCAAUUGGUCCUGAAAAUACUAAAAUUAUUCGAACGUACGAGGCUACUGAUAAUGGAUGCGUUCUUACUUUGAAACAUGAGAAAAGCGGAACUGAAGGGAAACGGUACUUCAAAAAGGCUUAAAUUUUCCACUUAUUACUCUUAUAUUUGAGAUAUUGUAAUCUGGAUAUAAAUAAGUGUAAACUAAUUAAUUAACUUACGUAAUUAUAUGUAUAGGUGUUAUGUAGGAUGUGUCAAAUAAAAAUCAAGUGUGAUCGU